AGCCUACCUUGCAAUAAAGAUCAGUCAGUCAAAUAAAAUCAACCUAACCACAAAACCACAAUUUUUGUUCGGAUACAUUUAGUGGUUGCAUAGUAUUUUUUUCUUGCCAUGAAAACUAUGGAAUUGCAACUCAAAUUAGUCCAUACUACUUGGAUUGCAUUUUUAUUCUUUUCUGCACCAACGACAAAUGCAGAUUUACCUGAUGCAUCUAAAGGAUGUAAAGAAUCAAUUAAGGAAACUGCAGUUCUUGUAGAAUAUUGUCCAACAACAGAACAGGCAUGGAAAGAGGCAGCGUCAAGGAAAGGAUGCAAUACUAUCAGCCACUCUUGUUCCUCAUUUGAAUAUCACUGUGUAAUAAAUGCAUGGAAGAAUGAAACAAUAGAAGUCUGUGCACCGAGGAAAAAUAUCAUUGGAAAAGUAUGCACAGAGUACAGUUUUGGUGGAUCCGUAAUACAGCGCAACUCAGAUGCAAAAUGCAAAGAAUGUCCAGUCUUUUAUUUCUCUAACGAGAGUUAUAAAUAUCCUGAGUGCUAUAAUUUAGUGUACAAGUCUCGUAAAACAAACAGACCAAUAGUUUCAACAAGUACGUCCACUCUGAAAAAUACGGCUGUAUCAGACAACAAAGAAUCCAUUACUCCCUCUAGACAGGAACUGGUGUCAACUGAUCCGGAUUCAGCUCCCUCCAGACAGGAAGGGUUAUCCACUGACCCGGAUUCAGAAUCAGAUCUCAAUGUCAAAAUACUCAUCCCAAUCUGCAUCGGAAUUGCCAGCGUAAUAGCUGUUAUUCUCAUAUGUGCUGUCCAUCGUUCAAGAAAAGAAUGUUCCAUUAUAAGAGAUAUCAUUUCACGGAUAUGCACGUUUAGGACAAAACAAAAACAAACCAGCUUGAAUGAAAAUACCAAUACUCACAUUGAGAGCACACCUUUAAACGAAGGAACAACAGACCACUGUUCGGUAAAUAUCGAACCAUCAUGACGAUAGAGGAGAAAAUAAUAUUUGAUCCUGAGAAAAACUACCACUUGAUGACGCAAAAAUACGUCAUUUAUAUAAUGGUUUAUGCAUUCAUCUGUUACAGACUGAAAAAAUGGCAGCUAAUGUUUUUGUUAUGUAUACACGUACUGUUUUAUAUUGAUACUUUUUUUAUUUUAUUACAUUUUAUUACAUUUGAUUUGUGGAAUGUGCCAAACUUUAAUCAAUAAAGAUACACCUUUU